UUUGCACUUGCGACUGUAACUAGUGGAGCUUAGGUUGUAGACUUACAAUGAGAUAUUGAACAAAAUAAGAGAUAAAAUUGAAACAAUUAACAGAAUUGCGUUGAAUUUGAUCGAGAUAGUUUAUCUUAACCGCUAUUUAAGAUCGCUGCUUGAAUCCUUUGAUUUAUAUUUUUGUUUCAUUGUUAACCAGUCAAAAUGAAUUCAACCUUCUUUCCAUCUUCCCCGUGUAAAUCAGUGGCUCAACUAAUUGUAAUUGUGAAAGUAAUCCUUCUUCUCAUGUUUUCAAUUAACCUUGUUGAUGGCCGUAAUUAUUUAACACCUAACCAAAAUGCUAAUUACAAUCAAAUGGUUCGACAUAAACGAUCAUUUGAUAUUUUACCACAAACUUUGUUUGAUCCGUUAACCAUUGAAGAGUUACUCGCGUCUAAGGCCAUUAAAAGAGCUGCAAUGGGAGUUGAUUUACCUGACUAUAUCCUUCAUUACCGAAGCAAUUUACCUAAUUAUGGUGAUCUUCGGGAAAAGAUGCAGAAAGGAGGAAAAUAAAGAUUACAAUUCAAUUUGGAGCAUCAUUUUGGUUUUUCAUGUUCAGAUUUAUCAUAGAUUUUCAUUUGUUUUUCGCAUUUCUUCAUGUUAGAUGUUAAUAAAAAGCCGGAGAAAGGCUGAAUUGGUAUAAAUUAAUUCCCAAAUUACAUUAUUCAAUCACAUUAAUAUCUAUGAGCAUCAAUGUUUCAUUGUUAAUCCAAUUAUUGAACAUCUUUAUGGAUUAAAUAGAUAAUGUAAAAGUAAAUUUGACAAUAAAGUAAAUUUAUUGGA